CCUUUUUUUUCUGUACGGAAUCAAAACAGAGAGAGAGAGAGAGAGAGAGAGAGAGAGAGAUCCGAAACUCUGAGAUCUGAACGACGUCGUUGCAGAUCCACCACCGAUCAAGAACCAAAAAACAAUGUCUUCGGGUUCAUCAUUCAGCGGCGAUGAAACGGCACCGUUCUUCGGCUUCCUCGGCGCAGCCGCAGCACUCGUUUUCUCUUGUAUGGGAGCAGCUUAUGGGACAGCGAAGAGUGGUGUUGGUGUGGCAUCAAUGGGUGUGAUGAGGCCUGAGCUGGUGAUGAAGUCCAUUGUUCCAGUUGUUAUGGCUGGAGUGUUGGGUAUUUAUGGACUUAUUAUUGCUGUUAUCAUUAGUACUGGGAUUAACCCAAAGGCCAAGUCAUAUUACCUUUUUGAUGGUUAUGCUCAUCUCUCGUCUGGUCUUUCUUGUGGUCUUGCUGGGCUCUCUGCCGGUAUGGCGAUUGGUAUUGUUGGUGAUGCUGGUGUUAGAGCUAAUGCACAGCAGCCAAAACUUUUUGUUGGAAUGAUCCUUAUUCUCAUCUUUGCUGAAGCACUUGCCCUCUACGGGCUUAUUGUCGGCAUUAUCUUGUCUUCUCGAGCUGGCCAGUCCAGAGCUGACUAAGAAUAUUGCUGUGUUGCCAAAUAUUCUUUUACUACUUGUGUAAUUUUGGGGGGGAAAUUUUAAUUGUUCACAGGUUAGUAAUGGCUGGAUAGGACUUGAGGGUUUCUUGAAAACUAUCGAUGUUGAAGUAACUGCUCUAGCAGCCAUUUUAGGUGGUAUUGUGUUUGUAGUAGUAGGAUUGAGUUUCGCGGCCUAAUAAAAGCUUGUAAAGCUGUAUCAGUACUUGCGAUUGCUUUUAUAUGUUGAUGUAUUUUGCCAUCAGAAACUUCAAACUGUUAUAGGAUUUAUGAUCAUGGAAUUAAUGAAUGUAUGAUUUUUUUUU